AUGGAGCCUCUAAUAGCCAGUGAAACGGCGCGUAUCUCUCAGCCUAAGGACCCUCUUAAGGCUGCGAUGGAACCGGAGGCGGCUGUGAACCAAAAAACAUCUUACAUAGAUGCAUUCACUGGAGCAUCAAGCUCUGAAAUUACCAAACUUCCAGCUCCAGUGAUAGCAAGCUAUACUUCUCACAGCAGUAAGACUACUGUACUCUUUAAUGCCACUGAUUACUAUGGCGAAAUGACUAAAGAAUGCAAAUUUACUCUGGUUGGAAAAUUCACAAUGGGAAGGCCCCAAAUUGAUACUAUUAGAUUAAAAUUUCUUGAGCAAAUCCCCCUUAAAGGGAAACUACGGUUGAAGCAGACUCCUGAAGGAAGGAAUAGAAAGGGCAACAAGAAAGACAAUAACAUGGAGGAAAAGGAAAAACCAGGAACUGGGAAAACUAUUAACAAAGACAAAGAUGAGGAAGUGGUAGAGUGUCUUAUCAAAACCUUUGCUCCUAUCAGCCAGCAGGAAGAAGACCCAGUAUCCAAAGAAAUCAACAAAGUUGUUUCCAUACAAGAAAGGUACUGGCUUUACUUUGGUUUUGAUCAUGUUGCUGCUAAUGUCAAUAGUAAAAUUUGGUGCUUUUGGAGGAGUAAUAUUACUUGUAAUGUGAUCUCCAACAAAAAGCAACAAUUGUCUUUCAAAUGUUGUAAAAUCAAUUCCACUGAUCAGUUUUGCAUCACAGUGGUGUACGCUAAGUCCAAAGCCAGAAGAAGAAGGAAGUUAUAUGAUGAUCUGAGGUUAAUUCAUAACACAAUGGAUGGACCUUGGACUGUUCUAGGAGACUUCAACUCCAUCUUAGCUCCUGAGGAGAAAAAAAGGGGGAUCCUUCACAGUUUUAGUAGAAGUCUUGACUUCAUUAAUUGUUUGGAAGAAUGUGAUCUAGUAGAUGCUGGAUACACAGAAAAUACUUUCACUUGGUGUAAUGGCAGAAGAAUGAGGUUCAGGGUUAGUAAAAGGCUAGACAGGGUCCUUAUUAAUGACAAAUGGUCUGAUAUGUUUCAUAACACUAGAGUGGAUCACAAAGCUAAGAAUGGGUCUGAUCAUAGUCUUCUUCUCAUGAGUGUUAUCAGACAAAAGAGGAAAAGAAACAUGAUACACAAAAUUAGAAAUAAGAAAGGUCACUGGGUUGAGGGAAAUCAAGAUAUUUCAGAAGCUGCUAUUGAUCAUUUCAAAGAUAUUUUCUCUGGUCAAAAUGAUGAUAAUCUAGGAAACAUUUUGAGAUGGAUUGAACCUGCUAUAACUGAAGAGGACAAUAAUACUCUUGAGGAUACACUACACCAAAAGAGGCUUUUAGUGGCAAUAUAUUUUCCUUUUAGCGGCACUAGUUAUUGCCACAAAAACAUGUACUAUGAUAUUCCCACUGAAGAUGAAAUCAAACAGGCUGUAUUUUCCAUUGAUCCUAAUAGUGUUGUAGGACCUGAUGUCUUUAAUGACCACUUCUAUCAGAGCACCUGGAACACUAUCAAAGGGGAUUUAUGCAACUUUGUGCAAGCUUACUUCAAUGGGACUAACUUGACAAAAUUCGACACCCAUACUUGCCUUCCUCUUAUUCCUAAAGUACAAGCACCUACUAAUUUCUCUCAGAUGAGACCUAUUAGUCUAUGUAGACUCAUCACUGAAAAUGUGCUAUUGGCCCAAGAGAUUAUUCAUGGUAUGAAGGAAAGCAAUAAGAGAGGUAACUUGGUCAUCAAACUAGACAUGCUAGUCUCCAACAACUGGUAUUCUAUCAUCAUUAAUGGGACUAGGUUUGGUUUCUUCCACUCUUCUAGGGGCUUGAAACAGGGUGACCCUCUAUCACCAACCCUCUUCAUUAUUGCUGCUGAAGUCUUGUCCAGAGGACUCAAUCAACUCAACAUCAACUCCAACUUUAAUGGUUUCUCCAUGAGCAAAAAUGGAACACAAAUCAAUCAUGUGUGCUAUGCUGAUGAUCUGAUACUUUUCAGAUCUGGAGAAAGGAAAUCAAUGAGACUGUUAAUGAAAGUACUAAGGGAGUAUCAAGAAGCUUCUGGCCAAGAAAUUAACAGAGAGAAGACUAACUUGUACACCUAUGGCAUACAGAGUAGAAGAAGAAUAAGAAAGUUGCACAGAUGGACUGGUUACAAGCAUGCCAAGCUUCCUUUCACAUAUUUAGGGUGUCCCAUAUAUACAGGAAGGAAAACUUGCAAUCUUUUAUCUGACAUGGCCAUAAAGAUUCUCAACAAAGCAAAUGGAUGGCAAGUGCCACCUGUUACAAUUAUGAAACAAAUUGAAAUGUAUUUUUCUAAUUUUUUCUGGGGAAAGAAGGAUGAUAAGAAAAAAUACCAUUGGAGCUCAUGGUACAAGAUGUCCUAUCCAUAUGACGAAGGUGGAGUUGGUUUCAAAAAGCUUAAGGAGUUUGAUGAGUUGGAACCUUCUUUUGGUGCUCGAUCAUGUUAUUUUGCAACUGCUAAUAAGUCAAUUUACCUUGAUAGUAUGUAG